GUUGGCUGCAGCUACGGGUCGGUAUUGGUCGGCGAAUGCAUGGUUUCCACCGAUAUAGCCCGACUUGUAGCCGCAAAACGGGUAACAUUGGUUGUCGAAAGGGCUUUUUAGGCUGUAUGUGUCAGAGCUAAUUUUUGAAGUAGCACAACCAUGGGUGUGGAAGUCGAGACAAUAUCUCCCGGUGAUGGAAGAACAUUUCCAAAGAAGGGCCAGACAUGUGUCGUUCAUUACAUAGGUAUGCUGCAGAAUGGGAAAAAGUUUGACUCCUCUCGAGACAGGAACAAGCCCUUUAAAUUCAAGAUUGGACGGAUGGAGGUCAUCAAGGGCUGGGAGGAAGGAGUAGCACAGAUGAGCCUGGGCCAGAGGGCUAAAAUCACCUGCACACCAGAUAUGGCUUAUGGAGCGACAGGCCACCCCGGUGUCAUCCCCCCAAAUGCCACGCUUAUAUUUGAUGUGGAACUGCUCAAGUUGGAGUGAUGCCUUGGGUUGAAAUAUGAAGGCUGAAGGUUAAUGAGGUUGCAUUCGCCACACCCUGUUUCCACAGGGUGCCGCCUCAUACCAUCCACCUACUCAUCUUUGAUUUCUACAGUCUUCUUCAGUUCAAUAUUUAAACGUAUCUACUGCUGCUUUUGUUGCCAUCAUUGUCAUAACAGAUACUGCAAGAAAAUUUUCACAUCAUGUAAGACUUUUAUACACACCACAUUUUGGUUUGUUUGUUAGAGAUGCUUUUUUUGUUUAAGUUCAUUUAAAGUUGUAAAUUUUGUUGAACCAAGAGGAAAUCAGUCAUCUGAUGAAAAGCCGUACUACAUUGCAAUCGAAACAUACUGCCUUACAGUUUCAACAACAGAGGGAGGGUACAUGUGUUGAAAGUACAAUACUUCUGCUCUGUAUAUUAACUGGGCAUUAUAUACCACUGUCUGCAUUGCCACUUUGAUAAAGGUUUGUCCUGCUGAAUGCUCUGAAUGAUGUUGCUAUGUUUAGUAUAUUUUAUAUCCCUCAUAAACAUUUACUGCAAGUGUACCCUAACCAGUCUAACCCGGUCCAAUACUGUACAGAACUCUGUAAGAGCCAUUGCUACUGCUGUCACAGUUUAUCGACCAACUCUUGAAUAAAAAUGGCAUGUACUGUGUUGAGAAA